AAGCGGAAGGAGCCCCCUAUAAAUCAGACCACACUGGGCAGCCCAGCCAGCAGAGCUGCCAAUCCGCUUGGAGCCAGCCUUGUCGCCACCAUGAACUUCUCCGGCAAGUACCAGCUGCAGAGCCAGGAAAACUUUGAGGCCUUCAUGAAGGCCGUUGGUCUGCCUGACGAACUCAUCCAGAAGGGGAAAGACAUCAAGGGGGUGUCAGAAAUUGUGCAGAACGGGAAGCACUUCAAGCUCACCAUCACCACGGGGCCCAAAGUGAUCCAAAAUGAGUUCACCUUGGGGGAAGAGUGUGAGCUGGAGACCAUGACUGGGGAGAAGGUCAAGGCGGUGGUCCAGAUGGAAGGUGACAAUAAACUGGUGACAACCUUCAAAGGCAUCAAGUCCGUGACCGAACUCAAUGGCGAUGUGAUCACCAACACCAUGACAUUGGGUGACAUUGUCUUCAAGAGAGUCAGCAAAAGAAUUUAAACAAACAUCCCACAUGGGAUGGACCAUGACAUUGGGUGACAUUGUCUUCAAGAGAGUCAGCAAGAGAAUUUAAACAAGUCUGCACUUCAUAUUCUUUUACUGUGUAAAAUUAAUGUAAUAAAGCGAACUUUGUUUUAAAAAAAA